GGAGAGUCGGGGCAGCCGUUAUUCUAAUGAGCUGCUUCAGUGCCAUGGCGGCGACAUGUGGACACUUCACUCCAGCUAGUGCCCGGGGCUAGACUGUGGUUUAGGUGAGAAAGAUGGCUGAGAGACCAGAAGACUUGAAUCUACCAAAUGCAGUCAUUACUAGGAUUAUGAAAGAAGCGCUUCCAGAUGGAGUGAAUGUUUCAAAGGAAGCACGCAGUGCAAUAUCCCGAGCAGCAAGUGUCUUUGUUCUUUAUGCAACCUCGUGCGCAAAUAACUUUGCAAUGAAGAGCAAGAGGAAAACACUGAGUGCCUCUGAUGUGCUUGCAGCAAUGGAAGAGAUGGAGUUUGAUCGCUUUAUAACCCCACUGAAAGAUGCUUUGGAAGUUUACAAGCGAGAGCAGAAAGGUAAAAAAGAAGCUUCAGAACAGAAGAAAAAAGAUAAAAAGCCAGAGAAUGAAGAACAAGACAAGAGCAAGGAAGAUGAGAAUGAGGAAGACAGCGAAGAGGUGAAAAUGGUAGACGAUGAUCAAAAGGAGAUUGAAAACGAGGAAGAUGAUGUAGAAAACUAAGAUACCUGUAAAUGUGUUUGAAGAUUGGCCACUAUCACAAAGAUAAAUUUCCAUGGCCAUUCCAGGGUAUUGUUACAUUGGGACUACAGGAAGGCAGUGCUGGAACUAUACACUGCUGUUUGUUUUUGUAUAGUUUGCAAAACAAAGCUUUUCUACUUUGUUAACCCUUGUUUUUGUAAAAUUGAAACUGAAUAAUUUAUUCAAAAGA